UGGUAGAAAUCGUGGGGAAAUGAUUGUAUUUAUUAGCUGUCUUUCUGCGGCUGUCCCCAUGGAGACAAUUUGUGAUGGCAAAGAAUGCAAGGAGGGGAGGCUGAUGCCUGAUUGGGAUGCUUUGUAUUUGGCAAAGUGGCUUCUGAUUGGCCUGGGAGAGCCCCGAACUCGCCGGAGUCGAUAUUCAUUCAGCUUGCUCAAGUGCUUGCUAAACUGCAUCCAAACACUGGCGGGCCCUGGCUGCCUCCGCCGAGGUUGGCGGUGUGUAACCUGCCUAACGAGAUUAGCAGGGAAGGGGCUCUUCUCUGCAGCGACGCAGCCGCCAGCACCGGUGAGAAAAGCUGCCGCGCGCCGGGUUUGCCAAGGUUUGUCCAAAGGUGGAUUAUAAACUUUUCAUGAGAAACUCUGCACGGUGCAUCCAGUGAAAUGGCAUCAGACAGUGAGGUAAAAACCCUACUGAACUUCGUCAACCUGGCCUCCAGCGACAUCAAAGCGGCUCUGGAUAAGUCAGCUCCUUGUCGCCGCUCAGUUGACCACAGAAAAUACUUACAGAAGCAGCUCAAGCGGUUUUCUCAGAAGUACUCACGGAUGCCACGGUGUCACCCCAGCAAACCCCCUGAGUGUGGCUGGCGCAGGGGGUCAGAGGAUCGGGGCCGUGGCCCCCAGCCCGAGGCACCUGACCCCAGCCCCCAUGGUGGGGCUGCCGCCGAGAAGGUGAUGCAGACAGCCGAGGCAGAGGAGAGCCUCACUGGGGAACGGGUUUUGCAGGAGCAAAAACCUGAGGCUGUCCGACCAGACCAGGUGCCCAUGAGGAAGCGACAGCUCCCUGCCUCCUUCUGGGAAGAGCCACGGCCAGCUCAGAGCCUGACAGCCAGGGCCUUUCCUGCCAGUACUGAGGGGCUCCCAGCCCCCAGAGACCCUCCUCCUUAUGAGGGGAAGAAAAGCAAAUGGAGCCCAGAUGCUGCUAGUCCAGAGAGCCCUCCUGACCCUGCACCACAUGCCGGGGAGAAGGACCCUGCCGGGGUCCUCUCAAGCCGGGUGGGUGCCUGGACCUGCUGCCCCUUCCCUUGCCCCGGGACAGGGGUGUACCAGCCCCCGGGAGCGCUGCCCCCAUCGCCCUUCCCAGGGCUGGGACUGUGGAGGAAGAGUGCAGCCACACUGCCGGCGGAGGUGCCACACUUCUGCAAGGAGGCCGAUGGCACGGGGCAAAAACUCUACAGGCCCAUGGUUCUGAAACCCAUCCCCACCAAGCCCGCCAUCCCCCCACCCAUCUUCAAUGUUUUUGGCUAUCUUUAGCGGGGCGGUGUCAGAGUCAUGCUGAACACGACAGCUCCUGAGGGUGAAUUGAAACGCCUGGUCAACCAUCAGGCAUGAGCUGCUGGCAGCGUGGAGCGGCAAGGGAAGGAGACCAGUGAUCACACCCUCUUCCUUGUGGGCGGGCUGGGCGGAAUUAGUAACUGUUGGGAAGCUGCUUGGGCUCCACUCUCCUCUCAGUACGCGGGUGUAAAUCGGGAAUAAACCUUACGACGCCGGUGGCAUGGAGCAUGAGGCAAACCAGGGCUCUUUCAUGGAUGGGCAUUGUCUGAGGCGCGGUGAGCGGGGCUGCAGGCCAUUCAUAGUUGCACUUGUAACACCUAGGAGACCUCCUCCAUGUGGGAACAUCUUUCUGGGGCUGCCCUGCAGCAGCAGCAGUGAAAUGACAUGAAUUAAACCCAUUCAAAAAGUUUUUGUACUUUAAAGUAAUUCCAGAGAAGUCAAGAUACUCAGGUCGCUUGGUUUUGCAUGCAGGAGACUGGAAGGACAGUAUUUAAUGUAGAAACCACACUUGUGAAUGAUUUAAGCUCUUGUUGUAUGUAAAUACUGAAAGAAUUAAAAGAAAAAAAUAAGGGAAGAAAGGAGGUUAAUUUUAUUUUGGUGAUUCUGCAAAUCCAGUCUGUCUAGUUUUAUUCCACGGGAUAGACACAGGUUUUAUUUGCAACUGGUGGGGAGAUACGAGGGCUGAAAUCUCUGCCUAUGCAGAUUGAUAUAAACUUAAAAGUAAUUCUGAUGCUGGGAAAUUAGCUAGCAUUAAGCUGGUGCCAAUGGAAGCAGGAUGAAUUUCCACAUCAGGAAUUACUCUGCACUAACAGAACAAAUGAAGAAUUGUAUUAGUUUAAUACAAAACCAUGAAGUAUGAUAGAAGGAAAAAAGUGUAAAGAACAGCCUGCCUUGAUUUCUGGCUCACAGAUGUCUUUUGGUUUGCAUGAUUUUAAGAUGCUAUCUCAAGACCUGGCUGUAAAUGUUUUGCCUAGUAUUUUCCUAAUUAUUUCAACAAAUUGGCAUUGAAGAAUUUAUUGCAAUUUUUUUUUAAAUUAGGUUUCUCUUAAACCCAUGGAGAAAGUGUUACUAAGACACAGAACAUGAGAUCUGAGAUGUUUAAUAUUGUAGGUGUAUGUAUCUAUUCAGUUAUACUGGAGUAUCUCACUGAAGUCAAAAGAAGAAUAUUUUGAGGGGUAAAAGGGCCAGAGAAUGGACACCUGUGAUAUCCCAAGGCCUGAACAUGUACUGUUGCUGAAGCUAAUGGGAACUUCACCCAGGUUCAAUAAAAAGUGGCCUUGAUUGGUUUGGUCUCUGACUAGUGAAGCUCUUUAUGACUCCUGGUAUCUCUGCAAGGGUUAAAAAACAGGCAACACUUCAUUCAAGCACAUUGCAGUCAUGAAAAAAUUAUCAUCUGAGGCAACUGUAGAGUGCCAUUUUGGAUCUUCUGAUGGGCCUUGGUGUUGUAUAACCAGGUUGCAACUUUCUUCAGAAUACGAACUACUCACAGGCUAAAGGUAUUUAGUUCUUUCCCCAAACUUCACAUAUCCCAACAAUGUUCACUUUUAUGGAAACAACAUCUGUAAUGUGUUAGUAGAGGAAGACAAAAGUAGAAUUGGAGAUGGCUUUCAUUGCUUUCUCCUUGCUACCAGCACUUAUUAUAUGUAUCAAUCCUGCAUAAACUAUUCCUUUAGGAAGAGAGCAGGAACUAUCUUUGAUAGCACACACCUGCAACUACAUGCAAGGUGUGAGGUGGUAAAGAGCUGAUCUAGGGGUUAAAGACAUCAAGUUAGCUCUUGAUCCAGAAGUGAAGAUAGGAACAUACAUAGAUGCCUUUCCCUUUUUGGAAAGAAAUCCUUGAGGAAGCUGUUCCUCUCCCCAAGGACACUAACAGAAACCAGAGGCAGUACCCCCACUGAAGUUAAUUGGAGAGCAAUAGCUUUUAAUUUACAGAGCGAUAGGCAAGGAAUUUUUUACAUGGAAAUAGGGAUCCAUCAAUAGCUCUGGGUCACUGUUGUAAUCCAGAUGAAGCCAGAUGCUGAACUCUGUCUCAGUGCUGUCAGUGCACAGCAGCCUCCUUGGUGUUGGUCUGGGUGAGCAGAGCAGGUCAUGGAAUGAACUACAGGUAUUGCAGAGAUUGCUGUGCACAAGUGUUCCUGCUCGAAUUCAGAAGGGAAAUUUCAAAGUGCUAUGUAUCACACCAGAAUAUGCAUUUCUAUCCAAAUUAAAAUACUUGGCAAAGUGGAUAGCCUCUGUAUAAAUUUUAUU